AUGAGUGCGUCGACGUUCCCGGACGCUUCUCUUACUCGCGAUCCUCAGAGUUCUGACUUUGAAUUAAUCAUUCGCCAGCAGCCCACCCGGGCGCGCGUGGCCGGUGGGAAGGAGAAAGAACGCAAGCCAGUCGAUCCCCCACCGAUAGUCCAGAUCCGGGUAAAAGAGGAAGGAACUUAUCUCGCGCAGCACUAUCUGCAGAGUCCCUACUAUUUUAUGUGCUGCAGCCUGUUCGAUCCCGCAGAUGACGUCCCAGUUACCGUGCCGCCAUCCACGGCUUUAACCGGCACUCUAGUUUCGUCACUUCACCGGUUGAAGGACGUGGACAACAGUGACGGGGGGUUCUUUGUCUUUGGAGAUCUGUCUGUGAAAAUCGAGGGAGAAUUCCGGCUGAAGGAUGUUGUCACUCAUCUGAAAUCUAUCAUCUCAGACCGCUUCACCGUGUCGCCCCCAAAGAGUUUCCCUGGAAUGGCAGAAUCGACUUUCUUGUCCAGGUCAUUUGCAGACCAGGGUGUAAAACUGAGAAUCCGUAAAGAGCCGCGGACGUUGAUAAAACGGUCAGUUCCUCGACCGGAGGAUUAUCCCCAGCCGGUUCCUCGAUCUCCAGACCGUUCCUCAAUGCAGAUGCCUGGAAAUGCUUUCGGAGGGUAUCCAGCAGCAGCAGCAACCACAAGUAGAGACUACCCUUAUUACACGGGCCCGGUCAAGCGGCAGCGCACGUCAAUUGACUUUGGUAACCGAAGCAUGUAUGACGCCGAUGGACGGAUGCGCCAGAUGGAAGCGUAUCCGCAAACCGCGGCUAUGUAUGCGAAUCAGCCAGGGGCUUAUCCGACUCCGAUUAUGCAAGGUUAUGCCACAGGGCAUGCGGGGGUUCCCGAUUACGCGAUGGCAUAUGGUAUUCCACCCUCCGCUCAGGUUCCUCAGAUGCAAGACCCGGGAGCCCAUAGUCGAUCUAGUCAACAGGCGACGAUGCAGUCUCUGGGGAUGGUAAACCCGCCGGGCACACCUACGGCGGAUUCAACGGGAGCGAUGAUGCCGCAAGGAUAUGCACGACCACAGUACCAAACAAGUUCUACAAUUCUUCCUCCUUUGCAACGGAGUCGCAAUUUUGCGCAAGGGACUAACGGCGCGACGGCACGAGGGUACUUUGACCAAACUUCUCAGGCAGCAACACCCAUCCUCCCCUCACAGCCGCUUGGUACAAAUGAAGCAGAUCGAUACGGUUCAGCGACUGGGCAGGCGCCUUUCGAACACCCCGGGUCGUCUAAUGGAACACCUCGAUGA